CCUCGCGCACCACUCACGCACGGCCUAGACGGCACGAGAGAUAUUUACAGGGAGCGACGAGGAGGGAGCAACGGAAAGAGAGAGAGAGAGAAGGAGAGAGCACCAGAACGCGACAGCGUGCGCGUGAGGGAAACAGAGAGACAAACAGAACGAGCAAGAGAGUGCCAGCCAACUAAGGACGCCAGAGCAGCGUCAGGUCAGUCUCACCUGCGUGCAGCUUUGCCUGGCCGCUCGCCUCUACUGGCGCGGCCACACUGCAGUCCACUCCGGGAACCCUCCUCGAAAGGACCGUUGUGCUUGAACCGGGUUCACUCUUGGGAGUAUCGAUAGAUCGAUGAAUCCAGUUUCGCGAGUCACGAGUACGAGCUGGGAUAUUGUUGCGAGAGACAAUUUGACGUGGCUGGUGUGCCGAUGUUUAAACGAGGGUGAAAGCGUGCAGUGAGGUCGUAAGCUUUAGGUGCUGACUUACGAAGAGAGUUUUUCUAAUUGGUGUAAGAAAAAGGAAAGAGGAAAACUGGGUACCACUUCAUAGCCAAGGCGAGUGCCUUGGUCGGUAAAAGUACGCGUGUGAUUAUAACUGUGUGUAUGGGGUAGAUGAUACGUAUUGUUGUGAAAGCACAAUAGCUGGUUACACCCUGAGACGUUGCCGGUGCUUCGAUUAAUGUUUCUGUACUGCAAGGAUGAUGAUGAUGGACAUGGGCAUGUACGGGACCUACGGCAAGCCUGAUUCCUAUCCAAAUUAUAGCUUUGUAGGCCAGGGUGGUAGUCAGCCACCAGCUGGACACGUGUCCGUACCUCCAUCCCCUGAGCUUGCACCUACUCACUAUUACCCACAGACAGCGGUAGCGCCCUAUUCCUCCUCCUCGGAGAACUUCCUCGCGUCUGACUCCGGACCGUCCAGCACACCACCUCAGAGCUUUUACUCGCCGACGGGUGCCGUUCUCCACGAAGACGGUACCGCGAUCAUUUCUUCUGAAAACGGUUUGAGCUACACGAAUCUUGAUUAUGCCUCGUAUCCGACGCAACACGCCGGUUGCCACACCCCUACAGAUCCACACCAGGGCUACCAUCACCAGGUCCAAGGUAACUACCGGGAAGAUCCGUCGGCCCUUGGACAUCCGACUGGGAGUGUCGUACAACCGAAUCAUCCCCAUAGCGAACACGAGCAGCUACACCAUCAACAACAACAACCCCAAUCUAGUCAUCACGAGGUCGACUAUCAGAUCACCCUUGGAGGAACCUCGAACUACCUCCAUCAUCAGCUACCCGAAGAACCAAUCCAUUACGGGCAACCCGCUCUUCGGCAAACUGAAUUCCUUGGACAUCCUGCCAGUGGCCAUUACAAGGAGGAAAGUCCUGACGUGGCGGCCUAUCAUGCUCUACAACAGACCGCUCAUUCUUUACAUCCCCAUGCACACUCACCGCAUCCGCACCAUCAUCAGCAUCCCCAUGGACACGCGCAUCCUCAACAGCAACAGCAGCAUCAGCAACAGCAACAACAGCAAGCUCAGGUUCCCACCUACAAAUGGAUGCAAGUCAAGAGGAACGUGCCCAAGCCAGUCGCGCCGAAAACAAAUCCAACGGGGGGCGAGUUCGGUGGCAGCACAGUGGGCGGUUCGGGUGCAUCCGUUUACGCGUCCUCAGCAUCCGGGCCGGUGAGUUGCCUGAGCGGUAGCUCCUUGAGUGGAAUCCCUGGUGGCUUCAACAAUACCGGCCGCACAAACUUCACAAACAAGCAGCUCACCGAGCUCGAGAAGGAGUUCCACUUCAACAAGUACCUGACGCGAGCCCGACGCAUCGAGAUAGCUUCCGCCCUGCAGCUCAAUGAGACGCAGGUGAAGAUCUGGUUCCAGAAUAGACGGAUGAAGCAGAAGAAGAGGAUGAAGGAAGGGCUGAUACCUGCGGACGGUACAAGCACAAGUCAGUUGAGCGGGGCGAGAAGCAGUAGUAACUCACCGACCGGUUCGAACCUCGAAGUGGGCGGUCUUGCCCUGGCCAACUUCACCAGCGACAACAGCCGUGAAUCCCCGCCUUCGUCCGCCAAGGAAUGACGUGAUUUCAAUUCGACGGAAACUCGCCGAAUCUGCAACAGUUUCUGCGGCAUCCGUGCGCCACGCGCCUGAGGCGCUGGACGUGGCGGCGGCGGUCGCUGUAACUAGAAAAACUUCAUCAGUCAACAUUGUUAUGCUCUUCCGUCUCGACGAAGGACACGUGCUUUUCGCCGAAGCGCCCACCGAAUAAAGAAAAAAAAUCAUCGGCGAAAGUAUUACCAUCCAAUUUUCAUGUAGCGACACUCGGAGGGAUCUCGACGUCUUCUCCAGGUGCGCGAUGCUGUUCCCAUGAGAAAACACGAUGGAUCCGUUUUCUUCGUGUACCUAUGCUACGGUACACAUGUCCACGUUCUGAUCUGUCUUCCCUGUCACGACUUCACUGUCAUCCACUAAAUCGCAUUGACAAUCGACACGAUCGUCAUCCUGUCGUAUCUCUAGAAACCGCCCAACAGCGUCGAGUAACUGUUCAGGAUUCAGGAUUCAAUUAAUUCUCCUGUAAGUUACUAUACGUAUAUAAAAUGGUGGUGAGUCCAGUACCCUAUGCAGGGUCUGUAGUUCUCAACGAGCUACAGCGACGACCAAUUUCAUUCCUAUCGGAAUCGCAACGAUCCUUAGAGAAAUUUAAUUAAAAUGGACAGUCGAGUUUAUCGUCAGUUGUGAUUAAUCGAAACGGAAGUGAAUGACCCAAUCCUCACAGUAGCUCAAAACCAAAAGUUACCAAUACCUCUUAAUUCGUACGAGUGAUAUAAUGAAUAUAACUAAUUUAUAAACGCCAAUGACGCGCGUCAUUAAAAUCAUCGGCGCGCUUCGAUUCAAUCAGCCAAAAUUCGAUUUUAACGAUGAACUUUGCCCGUGUCGAUCGCGUUAUUGCGUCUUGUCCCAUUUUAAUCGGACGAUAUAGCAUAUCGUUAAUUAUUUAAAUAUGGCAUGGAACUGUCACACGACGCUAAAUAAUAUUUCGACUCAUUGACAUCAAGCGGAUUCCCGUUUUGACCAUUUUCACGAUAUACCGAAUACGAAAACUUUCGGUAUCGUGAUAUUCGUCGGAAUUUUGUGAAUUAAUCACGAUUUUCCUGACUGUCGCGAAAUUUCGCGAAUAGUCUCCAAUAACAAUCCUGUUGUAAUAGAGCGAUAGCAGCAAACAUGUCCCACGGGAUAUUUCGUGUAUGCACAAUGUAAAUAGAAUCCUAUGCAAAUCUCGAUGGUGAUAAAUACAUCCGAAAAUGUUCUUAUUGUUAUUCCAAAAAUAUAUAUAUAUAUAAACGACGUGUGAUAUAUAUAGAAAAACGGGGCGGUCGGUAAUACAUUUAUUUAACAUUAAAUAUUAUUUUGUGGCGAGACGAUUUGACUCCUCGUUAGAGUCAAUGCACAAUGUAUUUGUGAAAACAGUUGAGAUUUGCAUGGGCUUCGUGUAAGUGAAACUUGAUAAUUUAAGUAAUAGUGACAUAGACACCUCGUAGUCAUGGGUUAUUGUGAUCCACGCAAGGCUCUGUACCUAAAAAUUCCUAUUAUUAUAAAUUAUAAUUAGUCGAUAAUAUCAUGUAGGAAGCUGUAGAAAGAAUAAAAUAUUAUUGUAUUAAAUCCA